CAUAAGUAAUUUAGACGAAGGAACAUAUCGAUGUCCCGAUGGAUCUAGCCCAAGUAUUCGACAAAAAAUCGUUUCUGGAGUACUUGGAGCGGCUUCCAGUGUUACUUCCAUUCAAGUGGCUAACUUACUUCGAUUAUUUAAAAUACCACAAGUGAGUUUUUUCUCUACAUCUCCCGAAUUGAGUAAUAAACAAAGGUUCGAGUACUUUCUACGUACGGUUCCUUCUGAUAAGAAUCAAGCUCAUGCUAUGAUAGAGAUCGUCAAGAGACUGAAGUGGGCUUACAUCUCCAUCCUCUACGAAGAAUCCAAUUAUGGAGUGAAGGCAUUCAGUGUUUUAGAAGAGUUAUUGGCCGAGAAUAACAUUUGUAUUGCCAUCAAAGAGAGAUUAAUCAAAGAUUCUGGAGUUGCCGUGGAGCAAGCUUACGAUAAUAUCGUACAAAGACUAUUAUCUAAACAGAGUGCUAGAGGGGUAAUAAUUUUCGGUUCUGAUCAAGAGGUUGCUGGAGUAAUGAGAGCAAUUCGCAGGAACAAUGCAACAGGAACUUUCUCUUGGAUAGGCAGUGAUGGAUGGAGUGCAAGGGCUCUGGUAUUCGAAGGUAACGAAGAUCAAGUGGAAGGUACUCUUUCUGUACAGCCAAGAGCACAUCCUGUGAAAGGCUUUGACGAAUAUUUUCUUAGUAGAACGGUCUAUAAUAAUCGAAGAAAUCCUUGGUUUAUAGAAUAUUGGGAACAUUAUUUUAACUGUCGAUGGCCAAAUAGCACUGAUACCCCAUUUAAUGGAAAUUAUACUCGUUUCUGUACAGGAAAAGAGCAAAUGAAUUUUGAAAAUGGUUACGAACCAGAAGGUCAACUUCAAUUUGUUAGUGAUGCUGUAUUAACUUUUGCUUAUGCAUUGAAAAGAAUGCAUCAAGAAUUAUGUCAGGGGAAAUCUGGAUUAUGUCAAAGAAUGAAGCCUGUUAAUGGAACAAUUUUAUUAGAAUAUUUAAAGACAGUAUCUUUUACAGGUAUGAGUGGAGACGAGUUUCGCUUCUCUCCAUCUGGAGAUGGUCCUGCACGUUAUAACAUAAUUCAUUUCAAACAAAUAUCUCCUGGAAAUUACAAAUGGAUUCAAGUAGGGGAAUACAAAGAUGGCGAACUCGAGUUGAAUCUCUCUGAAAUCAGAUUUAGAAUGGAUAAUCCGAAUGUACCUAUUUCAGUCUGCAGUUUACCCUGCAGUAAAGGUCAAGCUAAGAAGUUUUUGGAAGGAGAAAGUUGUUGCUGGCAUUGCUUUAACUGUUCUCGUUAUCAAUUCUUAAAAACUGAGACACUUUGUGCAGAUUGCCCUCCAGGAUUUUUACCGGAUGCAGAACAAGCGUCAUGCUUGCAGAUACCGGAAUCUCAUAUGACACCUGGAUGUUCAUGGGCUUUGGGUGCUAUGACAUUCUCUACUUUAGGAAUUAUACUAACAGGAUUUUUCACUACGGUAUUUCUGAAACAUAAUGACACUCCAAUCGUUAGAGCUUCUGGAAGAGAACUCAGUUACGUCUUACUCUGUGGCAUUUUCAUGUGCUACAUUAUGACCUUUAUUUUGGUACAGAAACCAUCAGAUAUUAUAUGCGGUGUUCAGAAAACAGGCAUCGGCUUGUGCUUUGCAAUCGUAUACAGUGCCAUAUUAACUAAAACUAAUCGCAUUUCACGUAUUUUUAAUGCUGGAAAGAAAACUGUCAGCAAACCAGCAUUCAUAUCUCCUCAAUCUCAGUUGAUCAUUUGUGGGGCUUUGGUUAGUGUUCAAAUAUCAAUCACAUCAGUUUGGUUAGUAUUUACACCACCCCGUGCCAUUCAUUCAUAUCCUUCACGAGAAGAAAAUCUUCUAGUUUGCGCUGCGUAG